GAGGAAUUGCAAAUUCGAAAUUCAUGAUUUGUGUUAAGUCUUCUUAAACAAUUCUGCUCUGUCAUCUUAUUGACCUUACAAAAGUAAUACGAAAAUGUUUCAAUCACCUGAAUAUAGUAAUAUAUUGUCACUGAAGUUAUCUGAGGUAUUAGAGGAUGUUGGUGUCAAUGAAAUAAUGGUGAUGAAAAGAAGAAAAGUAAAUAUGCUGCAAGAGAAUAUUCAAACUGUGACAUACAGGUCAAUAGAUGUUAACUACACUGUAUAUAACUUUGGGAGUCAAUCUGAAGGCACAACUACUGCAGGACUCGAUUCAGAUACUGACAUACUGAAUGUUAAUUAUGAUAUUAAUGUAAUACAGGACUGGUCAGAGUGGAAACAGAAUAAGAUCAAUUUUCUUAUGAUACAGGAUGAGAAUGUAACACCUGGAUAUUGUUUCCUACAACUACUUCGAUCAAAUGAGCCUCUCUUUGAGACAAACAUUCCUUAUAAAGAUUUUAUCAGAGAUAAUAGAAGGAGGAUAUUAUUGAAAAAUUCAUAUUAUCAUGGCUUGCUUGAAGAUGCGGAGAGACACGGUCCAUCGAAUGCUGUGCCCGGGAAAGAAGGAUACAGUGACAUUGAUAUAGUUUUUGGUUUACCUUGUAAUUCAUUGCUACUUUCAGUUUCACAUUUACUACACAGACAAAGCAUAGGGAGGUGGCCAACAUCUGAAAUGAUCAGAUAUGCUGUUAGUAAUGGCUGUUUUGUUGUUGGUGCUAGCAGUAAGAUUAGUACUUACCCGGAACUAGAAUGGAGAAUAUCGACAUCAUUAGGGGAAAGAUGCUUUAUGUUUAAUCUAAACAUAACACAAUAUCAUUGUUAUGUUUUGAUGAAAAUUAUUUUGAAAACUUUUCUAACACGUCAAGGAGAAUGCGUUUUGUCUAGUUAUAUGUGUAAAACUGUAGUAUUACACUGUAUACAAAACACCGACCGAAACAUUUGGAAAAAGAAUAAUCUUUUCACAUGUUUAAUAUAUUGCUUACUUGAACUGCAAAGCUAUAUUCGAAAUGAAAAUUGCCCGCAUUUUACAAUUCCGGAAAACAACCUAAUGGCCGGAGAAUUUACUGCAGAAGAGAAGCUUAACAUUUUACAAAAGAUAAGUGAUAUAAUACAGAGUGAUGGUAGAUGUUUGCUUCGAAUAACUAUUGAUGAUAUUGGUAAUCGGCUACAGGUCAAACUUCACACAGAUCGUACAAUACCUGAUGGUAUGUUAACUCCUCGUGAUAUAAAUGAAACCAUUUCGGGCUUGUUAUCCAUUAACUUAGCACGAACUAUUAGCAAUGGUGAAUUAUCAAUUUUAGAUUUCUUGGCAAAUAAUGAAGUCAAUCUCAAACAAUGUAUCUUCAAGCUAGCAAGCUAUUGUGUACAAGGAUCCAGACUAGAGCAGCUUGCAUGCCGCUGUCUUGUCCCGUUUCUUUAUUCUACCCUUGGAACUAUAAUGGCGUCAUCAAAUAUUCAAUAGAAUACUGCAGUUCAAUAUCAAGCACUAAAGUGGCUCUCACUGGGUUUAAGCUGCUCGGAUUUCAUAUCCGGCAGACUUAAACUAGCUUCAGUUUU